AUGGGUGAAUUGAUGAUUAGAACUUUAUGUACAAUGGUGAUGGUAGUACUGAUAAAGAUGCCGCCGGUAAAUGGAUUUUAUCUUCCCGGCGUUGCGCCUCGAGAUUUUCAAAUAGGUGAAACUCUUGAAGUAAAAGUCAACAAGCUUACAUCAACAAAAACACAGUUACCAUAUGACUACUAUUUCCUGAGUUAUUGCAAGCCUCCAAAAAUAAGGAACAGUGCAGAAAAUUUAGGAGAAGUUCUUAGAGGUGACCGAAUUGAGAAUUCUGUAUAUACUUUUCAUAUGAGAGAACAGCAAUCUUGCAAAGUUGCCUGUCGAGUAUCACUUGACUCUGCAUCUGCGAAGAAUUUCAAAGUAAAGAUUGACGAUGAUUAUCGAGUAAACCUGAUUCUGGACAAUCUUCCUGUUGCAGUUCUCUGGCCGAGCAGGGAUGAAAAACCAGCAGUUUAUGAGCGUGGAUUUCGAGUUGGAUUCAAAGCAGAAUUUUUUGGUAUGAAAGAUCAGAGAUAUUUUAUUUACAACCAUCUCAAUUUCAGAGUUAAGUAUUACCAGGAUCCUGAUACUGAUUCUGCUCUCGUUGUUGGUUUUGAGGUCACUCCUUUGAGCAUUAGUCACAAGUAUACGAUAUGGAAUGACAACAACACUCAGUUAAAAACAUGCAAACCAGGUACCAAUACGGUACUACAACCUGGCCUUGUUCCUCAAGAGAUUGAAUCAGACACGGAGAUUGUGUUCACGUAUGAUGUUUCUUUUGAGUCUAGUGACAUCAAAUGGGCUUCUCGUUGGGAUACAUACCUUCUCAUGAAUGAUAAUCAGAUCCAUUGGUUCUCCAUUAUUAAUUCUUUGAUAAUUGUCCUUUUCCUAUCUGGUAUAGUAGCUAUGAUCAUGAUGAAAACACUAUACAGAGACAUUGCCAACUAUAAUCAGUUGGACCAGGAUGAGGUGCACGAAGAAACUGGGUGGAAGUUAGUACAUGCAGAUGUCUUCAGGCCACCUAAUAAUUACAGUUUAUUGUGCGUGUACGUUGGGACUGGAGUCCAAGUCUUUGGAAUGACUUUUGUGACUUUGAUUUUUGCACUGCUUGGUUUCCUUUCGCCCUCAAAUCGAGGUGGGCUCAUGACAGUCAUGGUUUUCUUAUGGGUUUUCAUGGGCUUAUUUGCUGGGUAUUCCUCGGGUCAUCUCCACAAAAUGCUCAAAGGCAGAGACUGGAAAAAGACCUCUCUGAAAACAGCCUUCAUGUUCCCGUCUGUUCUUUUCACCACCUUCUUUAUGUUGAACGUUCUUAUAUGGGGAGAGAAAUCCUCAGGAGCUGUGCCAUUCGGAACAAUGUUUGUAAUCGUGCUCUUAUGGUUUGGCAUAUCAGUGCCAUCAGUUUUCUUAGGUAGUUACUUGGGUUUCAAGACCCCUGCGAAAGAAAAUCCUGUCCAGACAAAUAAAAUUCCUAGGCCGAUCCCUUUGCAGCCAUGGUACAUUAAUCCACUUUUUGCCAUGCUUUUUGGUGGGAUUCUUCCAUAUGGUGCAGUCUUCAUAGAACUCUUCUUCAUAUUGAAAUCAGUAUGGCUGAACCAGUUUUACUACAUCUUCGGCUUCCUCUUCAUCGUCUUUGUCAUUCUUUUGAUCACUUGUGCUGAGAUAAGUAUCGUACUAUGCUACUUUCAGUUAUGCAAUGAAGAUUAUCGGUGGUGGUGGCGAUCCUACUUGACUUCAGGUGCUUCGGCGUUAUAUCUUUUCCUCCACUGUAUCUUCUACUUUUGUGCUAAGCUGGAAAUCACAAAGCUUGUCUCAGCCAUUCUCUACUUUGGUUAUAUGUUUAUAAUCGCUUAUGCCUUCUUCAUACUUACUGGGACAAUUGGCUUUUGUGCAUGCUUCUGGUUCAUUCGGAAGAUUUACUCUUCUGUCAAGAUCGACUAG